UCACACCAUCCAAAAACAAAUAAUUUCUCGCAUUGUGCGUGUGCCACACCAUUCACAUUUCAGGCUGCAUUAUUUCCAUAUUAGUAUUCUGUAAAGCUUCGCUUUCUCUCUUACAAAUCCAAUCCCACUUUUCAAAGCUUUUGCCAUCUCUGCGAUUCAUUAUCAUCGAUCAUCGAUCAUCAAUUCAUAUUUGGUAGACUUUUCCGGUCAUUUCUUCUUGCUCUAGCCUAACCCUAAUUUUCUUUGCAAAUCAAUUGCAGUGGCAAUUAAAGCAAAUAUAUCUAUGUUAAUGGUUGAGAUGAGUACUAAUAAUACUGUUAGUGUGGAUAAGAUGAGCAAAAGCAAGGGAAGCAGAGAAAGCAAGAUGAGCAGGUACUUCAAGGCACCCAUCAGAUUUCUGUGCAGGGCCAGGGAUUUGUACGUUCAUAGAAUGACGUCAUGUGCCGGGAAUAUGAGCUACGGAGGAGGGUAUACCGACGCGACGGGUCUAUCCCACUCCACCUUGCCCAAGAGCUUCAGCGUCAGCUCCUCAAGGUCAUCCUUCUCCGUCAACGACGACGACCUCCGGGAGCUGAUGAGAGCUGCCUCCAAGAGAACACUCGAGGAUAAGUUUGGGACAGGGACAGAGUCACCAUUGCAGCAGCUGUUCUCCCCUACAGUGCCACCAAAGGGAAUGGGAACGAUACCGAGGGCUCGGUCUCACAGUGUGGGCAUCUCCAGGAUUGAUGAGGAGAUGCCUUGCGACUUCGCAGAAGACAACACUACCGAUUUCUUGUACCCAAGAAGCAGAAGCUGCGCUACUGUCACGAAGAGACCUGCCCCCUCCCGCCACUACUAGAUUAACCAUUACUUGGAAUCUAUCGCAUCCACAAUGUUUUUGUGCUUCUUCUUCUUCCAAAAUCUGCUAAGUCUUGCUCUGCAAAAGGAGACGUGAAAAGAUUUCUUUUGAAUUUUUUGAUAUGAAAAAGAGUGGGAAGGAUUUUUUUUUUUCAAUUAUCAUCGUCUGAAAGUUGCUGAAUUUUGUCUUAAUGUAAAUCAACACAGACGUGCGAACCAUGU